AUGGCUGCACUGAGGGCGGGGCGGGGUGCAGUCUGGAGCCUCCGAGGAUGGCGCGCUUUGGGAGGGGGUCGCUGGGGAAAGGGACCCCUGUUGACCCCUGACCUCCGGGCCUUGCUGACGUUAGGAACUCCUGACCCUCGGGCCCGAGUGACUUAUGGGACCCCCAGUUUCGGGGCCCGGUUGUCUGUGGGAGCCCCUGAACCACGAACAUGUCUGACGUCGGGCACUUCGGAUCCCCGAGCACGGCUGAUCCAGGGGACCCCAGAUCCCCGGAUCCGGGAAGACUCAGGGACCCCUGGAACCCGUCCGCGCGUGUGGCUGGCGGUGGCGCUGGGCGCUGGGGGGGCAGUGCUCUUGUUGUUGUGGGGCGGGGGUCGGGGUCCCCCGGCCGUCCUCGCCUCGGUCCUUGGCUCGCCGCCUCCCUCUCCCCGGAGCCAGUACAACUUCAUCGCGGACGUGGUGGAGAAGACGGCCCCUGCCGUGGUUUAUAUCGAGAUCUUGGGCCGGCACCCUUUUUCGGGCCGCGAAGUCCCUAUCUCGAAUGGCUCAGGAUUCGUGGUGGCUGCCGACGGGCUCAUCGUUACCAACGCUCAUGUGGUGGCUGAUCGGCGCCGAGUCCGUGUCAGGCUGCCUAGCGGCGAUACGUAUGAGGCCGUCGUCACAGCUGUGGAUCCCGUGGCAGAUAUCGCCACGCUGAGGAUUCAGACCAAGGAGCCUCUCCCAACGCUGCCCCUGGGACGUUCAGCCGAUGUCCGGCAAGGGGAGUUUGUCGUUGCCAUGGGAAGUCCCUUUGCACUGCAGAACACGAUCACAUCCGGCAUUGUCAGCUCUGCUCAGCGUCCAGCCAAAGACCUGGGCCUUCCCCAAACCAAUGUGGAAUACAUCCAGACUGAUGCAGCUAUUGAUUUUGGAAACUCUGGCGGUCCCCUGGUUAACCUGGAUGGGGAGGUGAUUGGGGUGAAUACCAUGAAGGUCACAGCUGGAAUCUCCUUUGCCAUCCCUGCUGAUCGCCUUCGAGAGUUUCUACAUCGUGGAGAAAAGAAGAAUUCCUGGUUUGGAAGCAGUGGGUCCCAGCGCCGCUACAUUGGAGUGAUGAUGCUAACCCUGACUCCCAGCAUCCUUGCUGAACUACAGCUUCGAGAACCAAGCUUUCCUGAUGUUCAGCAUGGUGUGCUCAUCCAUAAAGUCAUCCUGGACUCCCCUGCACACCGGGCUGGUCUACGGCCUGGUGAUGUGAUCUUGGCCAUUGGGGAGCGGCUGGUACAAAAUGCUGAAGAUAUUUAUGAAGCCGUUCGAACCCAAUCCCAGCUGGCAGUGCGGAUCCGGCGGGGACCGGAAACAUUGACCUUAUAUGUGACCCCUGAAGUCACAGAAUGAAUGGAUCAGCAAGAGUAGGAGGCUUCUGCUCUGAUUUCUACCUUGCUUUCCUGGCUUGGGUUCUUAUGGCACCCGGAUGGAGGAUUAAAUGAACCAGUUGGGGGCAGGUCCCUCCAACUACCAGCACCAAUCCCUGGGCCCUGAGGAAUCACAAAAACACUUUUUAUAUAAAAUAAAAUUAUACCUAGCAA